AAUGACUGGUCGUGGAAAAGGUGGUAAAGGUCUCGGAAAGGGUGGUGCCAAGCGUCAUCGUAAGAUUCUUCGUGAUAACAUUCAAGGUAUUACCAAGCCUGCUAUUCGUCGUCUUGCCCGUCGUGGUGGUGUCAAGCGUAUCUCUGGUCUCAUCUAUGAAGAAACUCGUAAUGUCUUGAAGACUUUCCUCGAAAACGUUAUUCGUGAUGCUGUUACUUAUACUGAACAUGCCAAGAGAAAGACUGUCACCUCUUUGGAUGUUGUCUAUGCUCUCAAGAGACAAGGCCGUACCCUCUAUGGUUUCGGUGGUUAAAUUAUAUAGUACAUUUCAUAUAUUCUUCAUACCUUUUCUCUUUUUUUAUUUCUUUCUCUUGUAAAUAUAAUUCUUUCUACACAAUAAAUAUUUUUAUAUAUAAAAGUUCAUCCAACAUGUGUUUCUUUUUUCUUUUCCUUUUUUUUUUU